AUGGGUGGCGGCGGCGGCGUUCUGGAGCGGGAAGACGCCGCGCUGUUCCUGCGUGGAAGAGGCCAGAGCGAUGACUCUGACUUGUGGGAUGAUGCAGCAUUGGUCAAAGCCUAUGAUAAGGCUGUAGCUUCCUUUAAGAAUGCUCUAAAGAAUGGAGAAAUUUGUGAAGCUACUGACAAACCAACACUCACACCUAAAAGAAAGCCUACUAAGAAGAAAAAGACCGUCAUGACUCCACUGAAGCAGUGGAAAGUUGGUGAUAAAUGUUCCGCCAUUUGGUCAGAAGAUGGCUGCAUUUACCCAGCUACCAUCACUUCAGUUGAUCAUAAGAGAGAAACUUGUGCUGUGGUUUACACCGAAUAUGGAAACAGAGAGGAGCAACAUCUGUCUGAUCUACUUCUCCCAACCUUUGGAGGAGUUCAUAAUGUAGACCAGAAUGCUCAAGAGAAUGAAAACGAAAGUCAAAUUUCAACAGAUGAAAGUGAGAGUUCCUCCAGGUCUCUUGGAAACAAACCAAAUACCAAGUCUAAAGCCGCACCAUGGAGCUCCCCCUACCCCACCCCUCCAAUGCAGGCAUCCGGGCUGGGGCCAGGAAAGCCAAGCCUCAAGUUCAAUGGACCACCCCCUCCACCACCACCUUUCCUAUCAUGCUGGCUACCUCCAUUUCCUUCUGGCCCACCAAUUAUUCCCCCACCACCUCCCAUUUGCCCAGAUUCUCUUGAUGAUGCGGACGCUCUGGGAAGUAUGCUAAUCUCUUGGUACAUGAGUGGCUAUUAUGCUGGCUAG